UUUUUGUUUAUAAAAAUAGUGUACAAUAUUGUUUGUAAGGGAAUUAUAUUUCCCAUUCUAUUUCGAACAUUUUGACGAAAGAAAAUAAUUCGAAUAAGAAUUUCCCUAAUCAUAUGAUUGAAAAAACACCACGAGAGCUAAAUCAGACGGGUGAAAAACUUUUGGAGUGCACACAUCUCAUUAUUCUCCUCGCAACUUACACCCCGGGAACGUUAAUUCAUUCGGCAAGCUAUAAAGUUUUUUAUUUUGUCUGUGCGUAGUAAGAAGGAAAAUUCGCAAAAAUGGCUUUGAGCGACGCAGAUGUACAAAAACAAAUUAAGCAUAUGAUGGCAUUCAUUGAGCAAGAGGCCAAUGAAAAAGCCGAGGAAAUCGAUGCUAAAGCCGAAGAAGAAUUUAACAUUGAAAAGGGACGUCUGGUACAACAGCAACGUCUUAAGAUUAUGGAAUACUAUGAAAAGAAGGAGAAACAAGUUGAACUCCAGAAGAAAAUUCAGUCAUCGAAUAUGCUUAAUCAAGCACGUUUGAAAGUGCUCAAAGUCAGAGAAGAUCAUGUGCGUAACGUUCUGGAAGACGCUCGUUGUCGUCUCGGUGAGGUCACCAAAAAUCCAGCCGAAUACAAACAGGUCUUACAAAAACUAAUUGUACAAGCAUUGUAUCAGGUUAUGGAGCCACAAGUUCUUUUACGCUGCCGUGAAGAUGAUUUAGAUUUAAUUAAAGAGGUACUACCCCAUGCAACUCAACAAUAUACCGAAAACAUCAAACAAGAUGUUAAUAUCACAGUGGCUACUGACAAUUAUUUGCCGGCAGAUACAUGUGGCGGUGUUGAAUUAAUUGCUUUAAAUGGUCGCGUCAAGGUACCUAAUACACUGGAGUCCAGACUGGACCUCAUUUCACAACAACUUGUGCCAGAAAUCCGUAAUGCAUUGUUUGGACGCAACACCAAUCGUAAAUUCACCGAUUAAAUAAUUAAUUUUCAAAAAAGCAUCCUAAAUAAAACAAUAAACUAAAUAAAAUUUUUCAAAAUUGGUAUAAUAAUGCAUAAUAUAUAUACAUACACAUAUAGAAAAUUUAAAAAUAAUUCAAAUAUUAUUUAAAAAUGACCACAAAAACAGCCAAUAAAUUUAUUGUGGUACUAUGAGUUACAAUUUAUAAAUAUAAUUACAUGCAAUUAUAUAAAUAUAUAUAUACAUAUUAAAUACUAAUCUACAGUACUAGGACAUUUGGAAAAAGUUGCAAUAUUGAAUUUUAAAUUUAAACUAACAAAAUAGAAUUUUAUUUAAAUAAAAAAAAAAAAAUACAAAAGUACCGAGUAAAAACAGUUUGUUAAAGUUUAACUAAUGAAUUAAAACAAAAUUAAAGAUUUAUAUCAAAUUUAUAUUUAAAUUGUAAAGAUAUAUGAUAUAUACAUACAUUCCUGUACAAAAUUUUAUAACUUUACCAGCUGCUUUUGUUGAUAAUUUUUUUUCUGUUCUGUUCAAUUGUAAAUUUUUUGAAUGUUUAUUAUUAUUAAUUUUGUCUUUAAUUUAUGUUCUUUAUGUGUUAUUUUUAUUCUUCAUUAUUAGAUAUUUCGAUGUAAAAGUUUAUGAUUUUUAUGUAUUUACUCUAUCUAUCAAUUAUUGUUGCCUAUUGUUAAGCAUUUGUAAGAAUUGUAAAUUUAUUUAAAAUAAUAGUUUGAUUUAAUUUUUGUAAAAAGUUUGUAAAGUGCAAUCUGCCAAGUUUGAAAUACCGCAAAUGUAAUUCAACUGUUAUUCAAAAAAAAAAAAACCAAGUAUUGUAAACAAAAAUGUGCACUUCUUAUGUAGACUUGCACUCAGCAUCAUUACAUUUUGUAGCACUGAAAUUGUGUAUAUAUUAAAUAUUUAAAAUAAUUUCACUGUAUAAAGUGUAACGUGCUAGUUUCCAUAUGAAUUGCACAUUUAUAAAUUGUUUAGUUUGUUGGAUUAAAGGAGCAGCAAAAGGGGGAUUUUGCUCUUAAAUAAUUGUUAUUUCUUUUUCGUCAGCUCUAAAUGAGUUCGCACUAGUGUUUGUCUUGGUACUUUUAAAUAUAAUGGUGGUUUCUUUUUUAAUUAAUUAGUAAA